CUGUGGGGUAUUUGUUUUUUUUUUAAUUUUUUUUUUUUCGUUUCUCCCUCUGGUAUAUGAAAAAAAAAAAAUCUUUGAAGUCGCUCGUCAAUGGUGUCGGACCAGGAUCUAGCGAAAGGAGUCGAGACUCUGCUCAGGCAAUCCGACCCUAACUCUCUCACAUCGGUAAACAGUGUUAUUCAGCAGCUUGAGGCUAAGCUAGGGUUAGACCUCACGGAGAAGACGAAUUUCAUCAGAGACCAGAUCAAUCUCCUAAUCCGUGCUCACCCAACAGCCUCCGCCUCCGCCUCCGCAUCAACCGUACAAUCUCAGCCGCCGCCGCCGUCUCCUCAGCAGCAGCAGCAGCAGGUGCAUUCCGGCGUCAAUGUUCCGGCAAAAGGGCAUUUCGCACUUCACCAUCCGUCUCAAUUCUCUCCUUCGCAAAUGCAACAAUAUCCUCCCCAUUUCGCUCUCCAGCCUCCUUACCACUCUUAUGACCUCAAUUUCCGGCAGCCAUAUCCGCCUUACAUGCCGCCGCAGCACCAGCAGCAAUCUCCGCGACAAGGACCUUCUAUGCUGCUUCCUCAAGGCGCCAACGCUGCUCUCUCUGUUAAUCAAUCUCCCAAAGAAAGUGCUCCAGCUGGAACUAAAAGAAAGGGUGGUCCUGGAGGACUAAACAAAGUCUGUAGGGUUUCUCCAGAACUUCAAGUCGUUGUUGGUGAACCUGCUCUUCCGAGAACUGAGAUCGUGAGGCAAUUGUGGGCUUACAUAAGGAAGAACAACCUCCAAGACCCGAGUAACAAGCGGAAGAUCAUAUGUGAUGAUGCAUUGCGUGUGGUUUUUGAGACUGAUUGCACUGACAUGUUCAAAAUGAAUAAGUUGCUUGCUAAGCAUAUUCUCCCUCUUGACCCAUCAAAGGACUCUGGUCAAGCGAAAAGGGCAAAAGCUGAGGUGGAGACUAAGACUGAGACUCAGACUGAGACCACAGAGCCUGUUAGUUCAGCUAUUGCAUUAUCUGAGCCACUUGCUAACUUCUUUGGCACUGGUGAGACAGAGAUGGCAGAUGACGAGAUUAUUCGCCGUGUUUGGGAAUACAUAAAACUCAACAAUUUAGAGGACCCGGUAAAUCCAAUGGCUAUUCAGUGUGAUGAAAAGCUCCGGGAACUUCUUGGAUGUGAAAGCAUUUCAGCCGUGGGGAUAAAUGAGAUGCUGAGGCGUCAUAUGUACAAGCGGACUUGAAAACUUCUGGUUCUGACUUAAUUAACUAGGAACUACUAGUGUGUAUCUAGGGAACCUACUUAUGACUCGUGAGUGUAGAACUCUCUGAUAGGGAAGAAAAGAACAUUUUCACUUUUAACUUCCUUUUAAUGCUAUUUUCAUCUUCCUUUUGGUUGUGUAUCGAAUGGGUUAGGUUGAUAUCGUAUUUUAGUAUUUUACAGUAUUUAGGAAAUCUGUGAUUUCUCUUGUGCUGAAAACUCUAGUGUACGGGUCAUAUGGCGCAGAUGUUUUGUAUUUAACGCCAUGUACCCAUGAAUGUUUUAGGACCAAAGAAAAGUAAAAAAAAAAACUCAAUGUGUUAAGCUAUGUUUUACCUGUUGGAAAUAUUUGCAUCCUACUGAUAGAGAAAACAAAUUAUGUGAAUAGUCACGAUGAAGAUUCAUUU